AUGGCGUGGUCAAAGUCGACGCGGAUCAGCAUCAUGCUGGCCAUCGAUGUCGUCUUCUUCCUGGUUGAGCUGAUUGUUGGUUUGGUUGUCAAGUCGCUGGCCCUGACGGCGGAUGCCUUCCACAUGCUCAACGACAUCAUUUCCCUUUGUGUCGGUCUUUGGGCUGUCGCUGUCGCGAGAAAAGCCACCACCGACAAGUACUCCUACGGCUGGCUGCGAGCAGAGAUCCUCGGUGCCUUCUUCAACGCCGUCUUCUUGAUCGCUCUCUGCGUCUCUAUCAUCCUCGAGGCCAUCACCCGAUUCUUCGACCCUCCCGAGAUCGACAACCCCCAGCUUAUCCUUAUCGUCGGCGCCUUCGGCCUUGCCUCCAACCUUGUCGGAUUUUUUGUCCUCGGCGGCCAUGCCCACGGAGGUCACGACCAUGACCAUGACCACGAGGAGGGCGAACACGACCACGACCACGCCCACGCCCAUUCCGACGAACACGCCGCCGAGGAGGGCCGUGCCACAAACGUAAUUAGCGAGGACGGUACCGCCGGCGAUGUUUUCCCCGAAGCCGUUGUUGCCAGAGUCGCUGCCUCGUCCGAGACUCGCCACAUUAGAUUCGAGAGAGAUUCAGACCCGGCUGAUCGUACUACGAGCCGUGCUUCCACUUCCAAGAGCCACGAUCGCCGCAAGAGCAGCAACCGCCACCACUCCCGCCUUACUAGCAUUGAGGACCUCAGCAUUCAUCCUUCCAGCUUCCGCCAGGAGAUUAUUGCUGCUACCCGCCCGCAACUUGAUGGCCAGGAGUCGACGAGCGAGAGUGAGAUUGAUGAGACAGUUGUCGAGGACGGCGAGGCUGACGAAGAGUCUCCUCUCCUCGCGAACAAUGGUAACAAAUCCUACACCAAUGACCAUGGCCGUGGCCGCUCCGCCUCUAAGCGCCCCAGAAGAGAGUCCAGCCUGCACCAUGACCACAACCACAACAAGGAGAGAAAGAAGGCAUCAAGCAGCCACGGCCACGAUCACGGCGACAUGGGUAUGAACGCCAUGGUUCUGCACGUCAUCGGUGACGCCCUGGGCAACGUUGGUGUCAUCGUCACGGCUCUUAUCAUCUGGCUCACUGACUGGCCCGGCCGUUUCUACGCUGAUCCCGCCGUAUCUCUGUUCAUUACCCUCAUCAUUCUUAAGUCUGCCAUCCCCCUUACCAAGGCAACCUCCAAGAUUCUCCUUCAGGCCACUCCCGACCACAUCGACCUGAAUGAUAUUCGCGAGGACAUCCAAACUCUCCCUGGCGUUAUCAGCUGUCACCACGUCCACAUCUGGCAACUCUCCGACACCAAGAUCGUCGCCUCUAUGCACGUUCAGGUUAGCUUCCCCAUUUCGGCUGAGGGCGGCGAGAAGUAUAUGGAGCUUGCCAAGCGCGCUCGCAAGUGCCUUCACGCCUACGGUAUUCAUUCCGCCACCAUCCAGCCCGAGUUCUGUGGUGAUAAGGACUACCCCGAGGACGAAAACGCACACCGCGCGAUGCAGUACGAUGGUGCUGCUCAGACUUUCGGCUCGCCGAAGCAGGCCUGUCUGCUGGACUGCGUCGAGAACUGCGUUGGCAAGGGCUGCUGCUCUGACUCAACAACUGCCGGCGGCAGUGUGCGCAGUAACUCUGCUCACAGCCACAGCAGUCACAGCCGCGGCAACGGUCACAGCCAUGACCAUGACCACGACCACGGUCACUCCCACUAA